AAGACCUAUACUGAGAGUGGGAUUGAGACCGCGUAAACUUCACGGACCUUCCAAUACAAAGAAGAUGGAGAACAUUUCUAUGUCUACGGAGCAGCUACAGCAGUUGGUGACGUCACUUACGGCCGCAGCUCUUCAAGCCGCAGCUGGCGGUGUCAGGACUACAACGGCAUCAUUUGCUAACGUGUCAUUUUCCUAUGACGGCACUAGGGAAUCUAUACGCUUGGAAGAGUUUUUAUCAGCCGCAUCAGUAUAUAAAAAGGUUAAUGGCAUGUCGGACGAGGCUGCUAUUAUGAGUCUUCCUCUGGUGUUGAAAGGUGAAGCUUCUACGUGGUGGCAAGGAGUGAAAGAUAAUAUUACCUGUUGGACCGACUUCGAGGCAAGAUUGCGUCACGCUUUUGCACCGAAGAUAUCUGGCGUCCAAAUAUUCCAGGAAGUAUUUUCACGCAAGCAACCGUCGGAUAUGCUGACAGAAACGUUUAUCGCAAAGAACAGAGCCCUGUUGACCCAGCUACGAUCACCGGGUUUGACAGAGGAAUUACAAAUAGAUGCUAUUCAUGGUCAGUUGCACAUUAAUAUUCGCGAGAGAAUACCACGUGACUCAGUGAUGACAUUCGACCAGCUGCUAACUGCUGCUAGGAAUGUUGAACAGGUGCUACGUGAGAAGUCUUCAUCAGUUUUGUGUAAAGACCAAUUCGAAAAGCAAACUGGGCAAACCAAAAAGAAACAGCGCUGUGAGUACUGUCGUGCUACGGGCCAUACCGUUGAGGAAUGUCGAAAAAGACUGAAGCAAAUGGGUGAAACACAACAACCUCCUAAAGAGAUUAAAACGGAGUCUACCCAAGCGCCGUCACCAAGUAUGUCGACUCUCUACUGCUACGGAUGUGGAAUGCCUGGUUACACACGAAGCAAAUGCCCUAAGUGUAAAGAAGCUCAACCAAUCAAGAUGGAGAAAACUGGGUUUUGCGCGCUAGACAUCAACUUAGACGCCCGCCCGAGAAUGCAGGUGGGGAUUGCCAUCUUUGAUGUUAUUGGCACAGCAUUUGUCGACCCCUGCGCUAAAUCCAGUGUGGCUUCCUAUCAACUGUACAAGUGCUUAAAGCAAAGACAAUGUAGCUUUGCUCGACAAACUGCUAAUAUAACCAUGGCAGACGGCUUGAAACGACGAGAAGAAGUCUUGUCCAUUACAGUGCCAGUCAAAAUUUGUGAUCGGAGUGUACCCACAACCUUUGUAGUACUUCCACAUGCUAAGGAAAAUAAAACGUUGCUGGGUAUGGGGUUCAUAGAAGAUGCAGGCAUGGUCCUCAACAUACCUCAACGUUCCUGGAAUUUUGUGGAACGUCCAGGAGUUAAUUAUGAUUUCAUCGUGGAAGGACCUGAUAGCGUAUCAUUGGCCCAGUUUGAGCCCGACUUACACCCAGAUGUCGUGUCUAGGCACACCAACCCGACAUACGGUUAUGAACCCAAGGUUGCAGCUCAUGAUACAUUUGAUGGGUACGUACCGGAGCCACACCAUAUGGAUUAUAUGUUCGCGGAUGCGGUAAAGGCGAUUGAAGAAACCGAAGUUACCCUGUCGCCAAAUUCUGAAGCGCUAUUCACGGGCUACACUGCUGAUGACAUUGACCUGUGUACAUUAGACAUCGGGACAGUCAAAAUGGGAACUCUGAAUGAUGAACAGAAAAGCCGUAUAGAAGGGGUCAUAAUGAAGAGUAAGGAGUCCGAAGGGAACAGUUGA